AGCAUGAAAUCGUUUGUGAUUCUUGUCGCCCUUCUGGCCGCCAUUGCCAGCGCGGAAUGGAUCGACAUCGAUUGGUCCACGGUGCGUCCGAUCGAAGACUUUGACCACUACUGGGAGCGUCUGCCAGCUGAGCUGCAAGUCUACCGCGAGAAGCUUCCGUCGCACCGCAUCACCAACGGACAGGAGGCGACACCCGGCCAGUUCCCGUUCCAGAUCGCUUUGAUCAGUGAAUUCGCGUCCGGUAACGGUCUUUGCGGUGGCUCCGUGCUGACGCGCAACUUUAUCCUGACCGCUGCUCACUGCGUCGUGUCCGGUGCAUCAACCCUGGCCUCGGGAGGUGUCGCCAUUAUGGGAGCGCACAACCGUAACGUUCAGGAGUCAACUCAGCAGCGCAUCCGCUUUGCGACCAGUGGAAUUCGUCGUCAUCCGAGCUACAGCUCUAGCACACUUCGCAAUGACAUUGCCACGGUUCGCCUGAACUCGCCGAUGACGUUCACUACGCGAAUCCAACCCAUCCGUCUACCGGGUCGCUCGGACACUCGCCAGUUCGGAGGAUUCACCGGUACCGUGUCUGGAUUUGGACGCACUUCGGAUGCGAGCUCUGCUACCUCGGCUGUGGUUAGGUUCACCACCAACCCGGUGAUGACCAAUACGGACUGUAUUGCCCGCUGGGGCUCAACUGUAGUUAACCAGCACGUAUGCCUGAGCGGAGCGGGAGGACGCUCGUCCUGCAACGGUGACUCUGGUGGUCCGCUGACCGUCCAGUCCGGUGGAACGAUGCAGAUCGGUGUGGUGUCGUUUGGAUCCGUUAAUGGCUGCGCCAUCGGUAUGCCCUCGGUGUAUGCUCGUGUGACGUUCUUCCUGGACUGGAUCGUGGCCAACUCGGACUUUGUUCCGCAGCCGUAA